AUCGGGUUGCAACGACGACAAAUUUGAGUUCAAGAGAAGUUCUUGUGCUGAGUUAAGAACUUCGGUCUCCUCCUCCUUCCCCCUUCUCCAGAGAGCAUCAUCAAAACGCUUUGGUCAUCGUCAGGAACUUGAAAGCAACCCAUGGAUGCUUCAGAACGUAGGUACUUGGAGGAUGAUGAUACGUCGAUGAUGAAAACAAUCAAAGGUGCAACUACAGGAUUUGUUGCUGGGACAAUUUUUGGGACAAUUGCUGCAACUUGGUAUGAUGUGCCCCGUGUUGAGAGAAAUGUUGCUCUGCCCGGGUUUUUGAGAACCUUGAAAAUGAUGGGAAAUUAUGGGAUGACGUUUGCUGCCAUUGGAGGGGUAUACAUUGGUGUUGAGCAGCUUGUGCAGAAUUAUAGAAUGAAGAGAGACUUCGUUAAUGGAGCUGUUGGUGGUUUUGCAGCUGGAGCAUCUGUUCUCGGAUAUAAAGGAAAAAGCAUUUCAACUGCCAUUUCCGCCGGAGCUGCUUUGGCAGUUACUUCUACAUUAAUUGAUGUUGGUGGGCAGACGACCAGAAUUGACAACGGAAAGGAGUACUACCCUUACACCACCAAGAAAAGAUCCCACAUCGAGUAGCAAUUGGAAGAAGAGAAGAACUUGGCUGGCUAUCUCUUUUGGUUUUCCAGAGAUGUAAUUAUACUCUCAGUUCUCUUCAUUCGGUCGGCUGUUUAUGUUGCCUCAAAGGAGCUUAACAGGGAUUGUAUGAAUAAAAGGUACUCUCAAUUUGUUCAACUUGUUUUUGCUUAGUUUUGGACUUCUGCCAUAUGUUGGAAGCUUUAUUUUGCUUGCGAUUUGGGAUAAUUAUCAAGGUGUUACAGAGAAGUUGUCAAUGGCACACAUUUUUCUUUUUCAAGGCGAAUAAUAUGGCCCCUCCCAUCAUAAUUUUA